AUGUUAUAAAAACAGGUUUCCUAAAACGAUUAGUACUAGCAGCCUGACAACAAGUUGCCCCGCUCUUCUCUUUUUGAGCUUCAAACCCUAGGUUAAGGAACAGAAAACGAUUUAAAUAAUCUCUAGUUGAAGCAAGGAUCUUAAUCGAAGGACUCACUCUCUUCACAAACUGUGUUAGAAAAGUAAUAAUAAGUAGAAGAAAUUACAAAGCAAAUUGAACAAACAUACGAUGUUCUCCCUCCUGUCAAUAAUUUCUUAAAAUUCUGUUUCAUGAUGUUCGGUAUUUUAGCCUUCGCAGGAUGGAACGCUGUUAUUACUGCUUUUGAUUACUUUUCUGUACGUUAUCCUAAAGAAGAAAUUCCAGAUGUCACAUUUUAUUUCCCAUUUGGUGUUAUGAUUGGUGAUAUAAUAAGUGGUGUUACAUUCGUUGCUUAAGCUAAGUAUUUUUCAGUUAAAUCUAGAUUUAUGUAUACAGUAGUUAUUGAAGUUAUAGUUAUUAUUAGUCUUUGCAUUGUUGCUAUGUACUAUAAUAAUAUGAGUGGCUUCUGGAUUUCUAUGUUCUUAUUGUUUAUUGAUGGUUGGGCUGAUAAUGUAAAAACCAAUACAUUUGUCGUUAUAGCAGGUAGUGUUCACCCACAAUUAAAUAACCUUUUCUGGACAUACACUGCUUUCUCUGGUUUAAUUAUGAAUGCUUUGAGAUUUAUAGUCUUGGCAAUAUUUGGUGAUGACCUUGAUAGUAAUGCAAAUUACGGUACUUUGAUAUAUUUCUGUACUUGUGCAGUUAUCUUUAUCAUUACAAUCAUUUGCUUUGCUAUUUUUAUUAAGUCAAAUUACUACAAAAUAUCUUUAAAAAUUGAUUCCUUGAAGCAACAAAAGAUCAAACUCGAAGAAGAAUUGUACUUUAUUAAAAAUCAAGACUAGCAAAGAUAAAAUAAUGUUGAGCUCUAAGGAUUUUCUAAAAUAUUCUGGGGUGCUUUCAACUAUUUAAAAGAAUUUAUUUUUAUCACUAAACACACAGGUUUUCUCUCAUUCUAUCUUUUCCUCUCAUUCUUCGAAACCUUCUUACUUUUCCCAGGAGUUUGUGUUUUCAGGAAACCUCAAUUCACUUUCUUAGAAUUUGCUUGGGCUGCAUAAGUUAUGAUGACAGCUUUUAACCUUGGAGAUUUUAUUGGGAAAUAUAUAGGUUACAUUAAAUGUUUGCACCGUCUCUAUUGGAUUUAUGGACUGGUUAUUCUUAGAAUUUCUUUCAUACCAGUUUUUAUCUUAAUGGCAAAAGACGAAGGUAGUGCAGUCUUGCAAGAUGACUAUUUUAUUAUGUGCAUGAUUUUCCUAUUUUCAAUUACUAACGGUUUUAUUACUACAAGUCUUGCUCACUUGUCUCCUAGAAAAAUUACAGAUCCUUAUAUUAGAGAUAAAGUAAACUUUUUCAGUAACUUUACCAUGACCUUGGGUAUUGAUCUUGGUAUUGUUUUGGCAAUAUUCUUAGGUAAUGCUCUACCUACCUAUGGUUGA